GCGCACCGAGCGAACUAAGCGAGCGGAGCCACGGCGCGGGCCAGUGUCGUAAACGCGCUCCAGUCGUGUGACACACUCUCGCCGAGGGCCAGUCCCCGACCUCGAUCUUCUCGGGUAACAGCGCAGCUCCGCGAGUCGCAGUUAUCGUGACCGCGUCCGGGAGCUCGUCUUUGGUGCGGAGGCUUGGCGUUGCUGCUCGUUGCGGCGAGGACGCGAGGCCGCUCCCGCGAAGCAAUGUGCUAGGGCACGAACCGACGUGUUGUCGUAACGUCGCGCGUGUCCGCUCUUCUGUCUGGUUGUCGCCGUCGCUUGGAAGAUCGCGAGCUCUCGGCUCUAGCCGCCGAGUCUAGCUGACUUCCCGGAGCAGCGCGAGCAGUGGCAAGAGCAACGGGAGUAGGAGGAAGAAGCAGGAGCGAGGCUGGGAAAAUGUUGCCGUGGGCGAGUAUCGUCCUCGUCGGCCUGUUGGCUGCCGUAGCAAGGGCCGACCUUAGGCUGCACCCGUCUGCGAGUACCGAGCAAGCAGGGCCACGCCUGGACCUUGAGAGCCUCGAGAGCGGCUACCACGGGUUGGUCAAGGAGAACGAGACCCUCGUGGAGGUGACGCCGCAGAUCCGGGCCCUAGGCGCGAAGAUCUGCUCGUUCCGGAUCGCCAACAAGCAUCAUGGGGAGGCGCCCUUCGAUAUCAUCCUCAAGGAGAGCGGUGUCGCGGAGCUCAGGGCGCUCCGCGUUCUCAACUGCGAGAAGCGCAGGAACUACAAGUUCGACAUUGCCGCGGUCGCCUGCAACGGCGCCCAGUCCGACAACGCAUCGGUCCACAUCACGGUGGUGGACGUGAACGAGUACGCGCCGCAGUUCCUGCAGCCGGCGUACGUGAGCACCGUGGACGAGGGUCGGCUCUACGAGGAGAUCGUCCGGGUCGAGGCCAGCGACCGGGACUGCACGCCCAAGUUCGGCGAUGUCUGCAAGUACGAGAUACUCACGGGCGAGCAGCCCUUCGUCAUCGACAACGAAGGCGCGAUCCGCAACACCGAGCCCCUCGACUACGAGCGCUCCCACAACUACAUCCUCAGCGUCGUCGCCUACGACUGCGGCAUGAAACAGUCGGCCCCGGCUAUGGUCACCAUCAAGGUCAACAGGGUCUGCUCACCGGGAUGGCGAGGUGUUCCCGAGCGGGUGGAUUAUGCCGCGGGUGUCGAGGCCCAGCCCCUGCUGCCCUCGGCCCGCCUCGAGCUCUGCGACGCUCCCUGCGCCCUGCGCAACCUUCGAACGACCCUGAGCCUCGCAACCGACCACAUCGGCAAGGGCUGCGACCGGGACACUUACACGGUCAGGAGCCAACGGAAGCUGUGCGGCGCCUCCAGGGACAGCGUGGAUCUGCUGCCGACCCCGGGCCCGGCCACGCCCUGGACGGCCACUCUCUCGAGGGACGAAGGCCGCGAGGCCGACGAGAUCUUCGAGUUCGACGGGGCCAAUUCCGCGGCGAUCGUGCCCGAGGACGUCCUCGAGCACUCUCUCGCCCAGAAGUUCAGCAUCGGGGUCUGGGUGAAGCACAGGCCCAGACCGAGGCAGGAUCCCCACGUCAAGGAGCACAUCCUCUGCGCGGCCGACGAUCACAAAAUGAAUAGGCAUCACUAUGCCCUCUUCAUUCGCAAUUGCCGGCUCAUCCUCUUGCUACGCCGCGACUUCACGGAAGGCGACCCGGACAUGUUCCGCCCAGCCGAGUGGCGCUGGAAGCUCACUCAGGUGUGCGACGAUAGGUGGCACCAUUACGCCAUCCAGGUAAACUUCCCACGGGUGAGCCUCUUCGUCGACGGCGAGGAGUGGCACGCUGACAAAAUGAAUCCGGAGAUAAUCGACGAUUGGCCGCUUCAUCCGGCCAAGGGAAUAAACACGACCCUCGUCGUCGGCGCCUGCUGGCAAGGCUCGGACAACAAGACCAAGCACCACUUCAGGGGCUACCUGGCGGGACUCUCGGUCCUCGUCGGCAGGAACGAGAAGCCCGACGUGCUCUCCUGUCUGAGACACUGUCAGGAGGGCAUCCACGUGCCCUCCAUGGACCUCCUUCAGCCGGGCACGCAAUUGCUCACCAACUCGGACCUCACCGAGCUAAGGAUCGACGGCGACAACCGAACCAACGUCGAGACCCUCUUACGGCGCAUCGGCUACACUAACUCGAGGAGAUUCCCAACGCCGGGCAGGCGCAAUUUCCGCCUCGACACGACCAUCAUCUGCGAGGGUAGGGAGGACAGACCAUUAACGGUGCCGUCCAUCCAGUCUUACGUCUUUGUGCUUCCGUCGCCCCGUCCUGGAAUCACCGUCAACGGCACCGGCUACAUAGCGCGGGAGUACGCGGACUUCCGACUCGGGGUCGCAGUCUUCCCGGACGCCCGAGUGACAGCCGGGACAGCCUCUCGCCUCGACGCCUGCGCCGUCAGCGUCUACCCGAGUCUCAACCCCGACCACGAGACCCUCAGUCUUCCGGGCGACACGUUGCGUCGCUUCCAUUCCAUCAGCGCGAGAGUCGACCGGGACGGCGUCGUUCUCUCGGGUGCCGACACGCCCCACAAUUACCAGCAGAUCAUACGCUUCAUCACCUACACGAAUCGCAAGCCCGCAUACUAUCUCGAUCGUGUUUUCAAACUCACGUGUUCCGAGCUGAGUGGCCGAUUCGCGAGCAACGAGUACGUGCAGACGCUCGCGGUGAUCCAUCCGAAGGAGAAGAGCACCUCGCCGGUGCCCCACUCGACCCACACCGCCAACGACAUCCCAAUGGCGAAGAUCGUGGAGCCGCAGCCGGGACACGCGCUGCUCUCGCCCCAUCACGCCGAGCUUAACGAGGAGUACGCGACGACGCAGCUGCGCGACAACAUUCAUUCGACAGCCGGCGGAAGCCACGCGGUGACCAUCGUCGCCGUCUGCUGCAUCGCCUUCCUCUUGCUUAUGGUCGUCGUCGGAGCAGCUCGCGUAAGAGGCGCCAACAAGCGCCGGAGGUCGGCGGGCGAGGAGCUCGCGGCCGAGACCGAGAUGGCCUGGGACGAUUCCGCCCUAGCCAUAACCGUCAAUCCCAUGGACAGGCUAACCGAGCAGGAGGCCUCGCAGGACCGCCGGGACGAGGACAUGGAUGACUCGGCGAGCUCGGACUCCGAGGACGGGUCCUUCAGGGACGAGGACCUCGACACAUCCGACUGCGAGAACGACUGCGACCUCGGCACCGGCCGUCGCCACGGGCGCAGCUCGACCCCGGACUACGAGUGGGAUCACCCCAAUGUCUAAGCAUUCGACGACGCUCACCCACGCCAUUUAUAUUAUAUCGAAGAAGGCAACGUGGAGCUUCGCAAUGCAAAUUCAUCUACUUUAAGAUCAAGAAAGACAAUUUUGGAAAAGCAGCGGUUAGCGGCGGCAGCCUUCUCUCUAAUUUUGAAGGGCUCGAAAAUGAAAGGUUUGCAAAUGAGAAAAAAAAAAAA